AUGGCUCUGUUUACCCCGCAAUCCCUUAUCCUUUGCCUGCGCCCUGCUUCCCCCCUCCCUCUGCCCUGCUUUCCCCCUCCCUCUGCCCUGCUUCCCCCUCCCUCCGCCAGGCUUCCCCCCUCUCUAUGCCCUGCUUCCCCCCUCCUUCCGCCCUGCUUUCCCCCUCCCACCGCCCUGCUUCCCCCCUCCCUAUGCCCUGCUUCCCCCCUCCCUCCUCCCUGCUUUCCCCCUCCCACCGCCCUGCUUCCCCCCUCCCUAUGCCCUGCUUCCCCCCUCCCUCCGCCAAGCUUCCCCCCUCCCUUCGCCCUGCUUCCCCCCUCCCUCCGCCAGGCUUCCCCACUCCCUCUGCCCUGCUUCCCCCCUCCCUCUGCCCUGCUUCCCCCCUCCCUCUGCCCUGCUUCCCCCCUCCCUCCGCCAGGCUUCCCCCCUCCCUGCGCCCUGCUUCCCCCCUCCCUCUGCCCUGCUUCCCCCCUCCCUCCGCCAGGCUUCCCCCCUCCCUGCGCCCUGCUUCCCCCCUCCCUCUGCCCUGCUUCCCCCCUCCCUCCGCCAGGCUUCCCCCCUCCCUGCGCCCUGCUUCCCCCCUCCCUCUGCCCUGCUUCCCCACUCCCUCUGCCCUGCUUCCCCCUCCCUAUGCCCUGCUUCCCCCCUCCCUCCGCCAAGCUUCCCCCCUCCCUUCGCCAAGCUUCCCCCCUCCCUUCGCCCUGCUUCCCCCCUCCCUCCACCCUGCUUCCCCCCUCCCUCCACCCUGCUUCCCCCCUCCCUCCGCCUGCUUCCCCCUCCCUCCUCCUUGCUUCUCCCCUCCCACCUCCCUGCUUCCCCCCUCCUUCCUCCCCGCUUCCCCCCUCCCUCCUCCCUGAUUCCCCCCUCCCACCGCCCUGCUUCCCCCCUCCCUAUGCCCUGCUUCCCCCCUCCCUCUGCCCUGCUUCCCCCCUCCCUUCGCCCUGCUUCCCCCCUCCCUCCGCCAAGCUUCCCCCCUCCCUUCACCCUGCUUCCCCCCUCCCUCUGCCAGGCUUCUCCCCAUCCCCUUCCUUGCUUCCCCCCAUCCCGCUCCCUGCUUCCUCCCAUCCCCUUCCCUGCUUCCCCCCAUCCCGCUCCCUGCUUCUCCCCAUCCCCUUCCCUGCUUCCCCCCAUCCCCUUCCCUGCUCCCCCCCAUCCCGCUCCCUGCUUCCCCCCAUCCCGCUCCCUGCUUCCCCCCAUCCCGCUCCCUGCUUCCCCCCAUCCCGCUCCCUGCUUCCCCCCAUCUCCUUCCCUUCUCUACACGGUGCAUAG